ACCUGGAUUGUGAGAGUGCGCAGGAGUCGCGUGGGGAUACUCACAAAGAUGGUAGGAUUGGCCGUGGGGAUGAAUCAUGAUGAGCCAGUCAGGCCGGUUUGGGAUGAACAAGUUCAAAGCAACAAGAGGAGAGCCAACUCCCUUAUGAACUGAGAUUGGCCGACCAUCAUCAUAACAACAACCGUCAACCACCCAGACAUGGAACAAAAAUAGGCGGGACCAUCUUGAUUCUUGUGUGAAUUGAUCCUUUUCACGGGUAAGGAUGAGACUCCGAGUGACUUGGGCCACAUUGGCCUUGGUGAUUGGGAUCGGACUGAUUCCCAUUGUGAUAUCUCAGCGGGAGUACGAAGACCUUGAAUCACCGGAGGAUAUAGAUUAUACCUACAACUACGACGGUGAUCCCUCGGACGAUGCUCAACAGGAACGGGACCGGAUCCGCAAUAAGAAUCGAGAUCCAAAUCCAUUUCGCAGCAACGUUCGAAAUCCAAAUGGAGGAUUUCGGGCGAGAGAUCCCAACUCUGGAGGAUUCCGGGUGGGCGAAGAUGACAUUUUUGACGAUGACCGGCCGGCCGGAGGGUUCCGUCGUAGGCCGGACUUUCGGGGACGUGAUGGCGAUUUUAGCAAGGUUGAUAGUGGGGGAUUUAACAGUAUCGCCACUUCCACUAGAAGUCCAUUUCGAGGAUUUCAACCCAGCACUAUUGACCCCAGAUUUUCUCCGGUGAGAACCACAACUCUGGCCCCGACAUACACCACCAACUUGCCUAUCAAAACAACUGACCGAUUUGGCCAAAAUCGAUUUGGUGGGGGCUUCCAACCAUUCUCCACCACCACUGAAGACCCAUUCCGGCGGCCAGAUGACCCAUUUCGAAGUUCCUCGGACUCGGCCAAUCGGUUCCGAACUUCAACCAUUCGAUCAAACGAUCCAUUCAACAAAGGCACUGAUCGAAAUGAUCCGUACGACCCGUAUGGUCCGGAUCUGGAAGACGCCAACGAUAUCCAAAACAACGAGGUGGGGAACAUUUAUCAGCCCAUAAAUCCCUUCGGACUGCCCCCUUUGAGAACUCGUCCCCAAGUAGACGAGUUUGGCAAUCCUUUGGAAGAUAUCCAAUCUGUGGAUACCACAAGAUUUGAGUUAGGCGAAGGUGUGGAGGCCAAUGAAGUGAAAUGUCCUCGGAACUGGAUCCGUUUCAAAGAGAGUUGCUACAAAUUCACCCGCAGUCCCAUUAAACGUUGGGAUGAUGCUCGAAUGAAUUGCCAGGCUUACCGACACCAAGAUCAGGAUCACGCAGAUCUGGCCAGUGUGGACGAUCUGGAUGAGCAUCGUUUCCUUGUCGACCACUUAAACUUGAUCGACCCCCAACAUCGGCGAUGGUACAUUUCAACGAGGCAGGAGGAUCAGAAUCGGUGGGUGAAUCUUGGAGAUGGCUCUCAGAUGCUGAACUUGCAACAAUACUUUCUCCGACCAGAAGAGUGGGGCGAAUCUUCUUUCACUGAUUAUAAAAAGGAUUACUUGGUGUAUUCGUUUUCUUACGCCGAAAGUCGUUGGGGAUUCCAGCCCGUUUUUGGCCAUGAGGAGUACCUCUACAUUUGUGAAAUGCCCAUUGAGGAAGUUACGUAUCUGAUGACAGAUGAGAGAACCCACGAAUAUGGCCUAGCCAUUGGGGAUCCGCGGUUUUAUCCCAUGGGACCUUAUUUCAUUCGUCAGCCCAACCAAACCGUGUUCAAUGUGGGACGAAGGAAAGUCAUUAAUGACGUCUCUUUGUUGUGCAUUGCCACAGGAUGGCCUACUCCAACCUAUCGAUGGUUUAAGGAGGGCUACAAGAAUGACACACUUGUUUCCGAAGAGGUUGACGUGCUCAAGGAUCGCAGGGUGACGAUAUCGGGAGGACAACUCAUCAUCAAUAAUCCCAAUGCCAUCUCGGACCGAGGGAAAUACUUUUGCACGGCUCACAACCAGUUUGGAACUAUCCGCUCUCGUUCUGUGUCCAUAGCUUUUGGAUUCAUUGGCGAGUUCAUUCUAAGACGAAGCAAAGAGGUUGGCAGCGAAAAUUGGGGGAAAGCCAUUUCAUGUGAUCCACCUCAAUACUUCCCCGACGUCAAAUUCUAUUGGGCCAGAGACUACUUCCCCAACUUUGUGGAGGAGGAUCGCCGAGUCAUGGUUUCCUACGAUGGCUACAUUUACUUCUCAGCUUUGGAAAAGAUUGAUCGAGGCAAUUACUCAUGCUCAGUACAGAGCUCAGUGUCCGAUAAUGGACGGAACGGACCCUUCUUUGAACUGGAAGUUAGCCCACAUCCAAAUUAUCAGCAACUCCGGUUCCCGCAGAAUUUCCCCAAAGCUUUUCCAGAAGCUCCCGUAGCUGGAGAAGAUGUCAGGCUCGAGUGCAUUGCCUUUGGAUAUCCCGUUCCCCACUACAAUUGGACACGAAGGAACGCAGAUAUCCCGGACGGAGCAAUCGUGACAAACUACAAUCGGGUGUUGAUACUGCCUAGAGUUCGAGUGGAAGAUCAGGGCGAAUAUGUUUGUCGGGCCCACAAUGACAAGGUGUCAAUCACUGGAACCGUGACCUUGAGUAUUCAAUCUAGACCUGUUUUCACAAUCUCAAUUGGAGACAUGCACGUGGAUGAAAGGGACGAUUUGACGUGGACUUGUGAGGCCUUUGGUAUCCCGGACGUACUCUACGAAUGGGUUAAGAAUGGUGAAGUGUUGAGGACCAAUGACUCAGAUUUGGCUCCCGAGGAUAGAGGACGAUACGAGAUCAGAGACAAUAUACUCAUCAUAAGACAGGUCCGGAAAGAUCGGGAUGAGGGCAUGUACCAAUGUCGAGCAUAUAACGAGCUUGAUUCAAGAUAUUCGUCCGGUCAGUUGCGAGUCUUGUCUUUCCCUCCGACCUUUGCCAAGUAUCCUUUAGAGCCAAAGACUUUUGCUGCCGAAGGUGGCAAUGUAACUCUGCGGUGCCAACCAGAAGGAGCUCCUCAGCCUAAGUUUACUUGGCGAAAGGAUGGCAACAAGAUUGGAUCCAGUGGCAAGUACAUCAUCUACGACAAUGGCAAUCUAUUCAUCAAUCGAGUCAAUGUGGCGGAUACCGGCACUUACACGUGUGAAGCGGCCAAUGAGUACGGAAAGGCCGAGAGCACUGGUAAGCUGAUUGUCAAACUAGGCCCAACCUUUGCCUCCGGGGUGAAGCCCAAUCCCAGAGUCAUUGCCGCAUCCGGAGAAACCGUGGAGCUUCGUUGCCGAGCUGAGGCUGAUCAGUUCUUGGACAUGGCCUACAGUUGGACCCUGAAUGGGUUGUUUAUCCGAUUUUUCGAAGACGAAGAGCAGGAGCGAAUCUUGACAUUGAAAAAUGCACCUGGAAAUCGUGUGGACGGCCAAUCUUGGUUCACAGCUUUCAGCGAUCACGAACGAUUACUCCAGUCAAGUUCGUGGUUUCAAGGCAAUUAUUUCCAGUACACAAAAGGAACCGGGGAUUUCAACAAAUUCCGACGUGGUUAUUUGGAUGGCUAUUUGAAAAUCGUCAACGUAUCUUAUGCCGAGGCCGGAUAUUAUGAGUGCAUGGUAGAUACAGCCGUUGGCCGGAUCUACGCCACCUCUGAGAUGAUUGUCCAUGGGCCUCCGGGACCGCCAGGCGGCGUCUCCGCCUUAUCGUUGACUUCAAGAUCGGGAACUGUUGUUUGGACCGAUGGAGCCAUUUACGGGAGACAGAUUCUUUACUACCGAGUGGAUGGCCGAACUCGCUCAAAUAUGACUUGGCACACCUUGGCUGAUCGCGUGCUAGCCGAGGAAAUCCAGCACUUGGGAGCAAGAGCUAAGAUUCAUGGCAGGAGGCAGAUCAUUUUGAGGAACAAGCUAUCUCCAUUUGCAGCCUACCAAUUCCGAGUGGCCGCUUACAACGACCUUGGCCUUGGGGAAUUCUCCGAGGCCUCUCCUUCUUACAACACUUUGCCAGAUAAGCCUUUGAAAGCACCCAGCAAUCUCCGAGGGGGCGGAGGCAAGACAGGGGAUUUGACCAUUAUGUGGGAUGUCUUGCCUAAGCAUGAGCAAAACGCUCCAGGGAUCUAUUACCGAAUCUAUUAUAGGCGUGUUGGCGUGGAUGCGGAUCGGGAUUUCCAGCAAAAGACUCUCAAGAAUCUGGGCAACAUUGGCUUAUAUGUGGUGCGGAUCCAGAAGAAAUAUUACUACACAACAUACGAAGUGAAGGUCCAAGCGUUCAAUGACAUGUGUGAAGAACCCGAGUGCUCAGGCCCUAUUUCCGAACCUGUCACUAUUUACUCGGCUGAAGAUAUGCCUCAAGUGGCUCCCACCCAAGUGGGUGCUCGUCCUUUCAAUUCAACCGCCAUCAACGUAACUUGGAUCCCUAUUCCGGAUGUUCGGGAGAAGGUUCGAGGCAAGCUCAUCGGAUAUCGCAUCAAGUAUUGGCGGGAAGAUCUACAAGAAAUCAUUGAAUCACAGUACUUGCUCAGUCGAUCCAUCGAACCCCACGCCUUGAUCAUUGGCCUCCAACCCAACUCGUAUUAUUGGGUGAGAGUGAUGGCCUACAAUGCGGCCGGACCCGGACCCGAAUCGGAACGUUUCCUCGAAAGAACCUUCAAGCUUCGGCCCCAGAAACCGCCCACGGCAGUCCAAGUGUACGGGCUUAAUCCCUCCACUAUACGGGUGACAUGGCGAUAUGUUGCUCCCUCUGUGGAAGAAGAACCGUUGACCGGGUACAAGGUGAGGAUAUGGGAAUCAGAUCGUGAUGUCAGCGAGGCCAAUGACACCGUCAUCUACAUUGGAAAUAAGCUCGAAGCUACUGUCACCGAUCUCGCACCAGCAAAGACCUACUACUUGCGCGUGUUGGCUUUUUCCCAGGGUGGCGAGGGGAAAAUGUCUUCACCGGCUUGGCAAUUUCAAAUGGGAGAUCCGGACGCUCUCAAUCUCGCUCCAGUCGUCUCCCAUAGUGUGCUCAUAUCCGUGCUUCUUCCAGUUGUCAUCGCAUUAUUGAACAAUCUUUGGUUCGAGUCUCGGACUUCGAGAACUCAUCCCAAAAUCGGGUCUGGCACGUGACGGACGAGUUGUUGAAGUUGGUCACAAAUCAAAUUUCUAGUGCAGAUACGUGAAUGAAGAAAAUGUUCAUAAUCUGAGUGUACUCAAAAUCACCGAGGACUUUGGAAAAUUCUCAGUGUUCUAAAGAACAAAGCAUAAUAAGAACGAAAGUGAGGAAAGAAGAUGAUAUUGCGUGCGAAUAGAGUGAAUUGAGCCAUUUGGUGAGAGGGAGAGAGAGAGAGAAAGGCAAUGCUGUUACCCCACCUUGAGAGCCACAUUUUUUUACUCACAUGUCUUUGAAAAAGGCUGGUUUUGCCUUAUUGAAACUGAUCCAUUCCAAAAUAAAUUGACAUUGAAUAACCUGG